AUGCCUCACCCAUCGAACACUGCGCCCACCGGCAGGGACACUGCCAACAAUGGUGGCUCUGCUCCCAGCUCCGUCGACAACAACGGCGUCGUCAACGGUGGCCAGCUGCAGCAGUUCGCCAACAGCUUCUCGAGUGCUGAUUGCUGGACGACGUAUUCCUCAGGCACGAACAAGAUGGAACACAUCAACGCAGUGAUAGACGAUAUCAAGCGGAAGUUUGGACAGUGA